CCUAUCACUUUAAAUCUUCAAUCUCUGGUACAGCAGAGAUCAUAAACUCUUAUAGUUAGAGACGAGAGGAGGGAAAUAUAUCACCAUUAACACCUGGGAUAUCUCAGAGCACUUUACAGCCGGUUGCUCACAGAUAUCUAUUACACAUAAUUCUGUCUACAUAGAUAGCUCUUUCAUAAGCACUUAAUAUUGUUUACCAAAGAAAUGGUGAUGGAGAAGCCAAGUCCCCUGCUUGUAGGGCGGGAGUUUGUGAGGCAGUAUUACACACUUUUAAACAAGGCACCAGAUUUCCUGCACAGGUUUUAUGGGAGGAAUUCUUCCUACGUUCAUGGAGGACUUGACCCAAGUGGGAAGCUGGCGGAAGCGGUGUACGGGCAAGCGGAAAUCCACAAGAAGGUCAUGUCCCUGCAGUUCAGUGAGUGCCACACAAAGAUCAGGCAUGUGGAUGCCCAUGCCACACUGAGUGAUGGAGUGGUGGUGCAAGUCCUUGGCGAACUGUCCAACAAUGGUCAGCCCAUGAGGAAGUUUAUGCAAACAUUCGUGCUUGCUCCAGAGGGUUCGGUGGCAAACAAGUUCUACGUCCACAAUGACAUCUUCCGUUAUGAAGAUGAGGUUUUUGGAGACUCUGAAGCUGAGCUUGAUGAAGAAUCAGAGGAGGAGGUUGAAGAGGAGCAAGAGGAGAGGCAGGCAUCCCCUGAGCCACUUCAAGAAAGCCCCAACAGCACCACCUAUUACGAACCUCACCCUGUCACUAAUGGAGUAGAGGAGCCCAUGGAGGAGCCUGCUCCAGAGCCUGAGCCCGAGCCUGAACCAGAACCCAAAGUAGAGGAGAUAAAGCCUGAAGUAGAUGAGAAGGUUCUGGAAGAGAUGGAGGAGAAAGCACCGUCACCGGCCCCUGUGGAGUCCCCACCAAACACCCAGGAGCCUCCCAAGACCUUCUCGUGGGCCUCAGUGACCAGUAAAAACCUGCCUCCUAGCGGCACAGUCGCCUCCUCUGGAAUCCCACCCCAUGUUGUUAAAGCUCCAAGCUCACAGCCCAGAGUUGAAGCCAAGACGGAGACACAGACGGCACCUCUUCGGCCCAGAGACCAGCGGACACGCGACAGACCAGCCUUCAUUCCGCGGGGUCCCAGGCCUGAUGGUGUUGCGUCUUCGGAGUCACAAACGGGGAAACCACACUUGAGUUUUGUUAACAAAGGUAGUCGGGGAGAAAAUGAAUCUGGUGACAUGGACAGCAGGCGGAUCGUGCGGUACCCAGACAGUCACCAGCUUUUUGUUGGAAACCUCCCGCAUGACAUCGACGAGAGCGAGCUCAAAGAGUUCUUCAUGACAUAUGGAAAUGUUGUGGAGCUGCGGAUCAACACCAAGGGCGUUGGUGGGAAGCUGCCCAACUUUGGAUUUGUGGUCUUUGACGACGCUGAACCUGUUCAAAGAAUCCUGGGGGCCAAGGUAGAAGGGCCCAUCAUGUUCCGAGGCGAGGUGCGUCUGAACGUGGAGGAGAAGAAGACGAGGGCGGUGCGUGAACGAGAGACCCGCGGCGGAGGAGACGACCGUCGGGACAUGAGGCGCAACGACCGGGGCCCCGGAGGUUCGAGAGGCAUCGUGGGAAGCGGAAUGAUGCGAGAGCGUGACGGGAGGGGACCACCACCUCGAGGCGGCAUGGCCCCCAAACCUGGCAUGGGCUCCGGAAGAGGCUCCGGUGGCCAGGGAGAGGGUCGCUUCACGACCCAGCGCCGCUGAGAAGAGCACCACCUGCAGUGUGGAAGUAGUACCGUGUUCUUCAUCUUCAACCGUUCUCGUUAACGAAAAGAAAUCUUCAUGUAUAAACGUAUAUAUUUGUUUUUUUUUGUUUUAUUUUUUUAUUUUUUUUGUUCCCUCUUUGCUUUGGAAUGUGACACAGCCUGUCAACCUUUGUUUGUGAAAUAGACAAAACAAAAUAAGCAAACAAAAAAAUUUGUUUAUCAGUUGUGAGCUGAGCAUCCUUUUCGGGUAUCUCAAGAAUUCACAAACUUUAAUUUGUAAAUUUGUGGAAAAAAGGCGAACCAACCAGGAGUAAUCUGCCACAUUAGGAGGGACUGAUGAGACUUUUAACUACGAUAAUACAGCCCAUCAUUUGGAAAAGAGAUUAUAUGCCUUGACUUAACUGGGGCGCUGCUUCACGAAAUCCCUCUAUUGCACAUUUUAUAUGGUAGUUUUCUGCCCGUUACUGUUGGAAAAGAGUGAGAUGCAAAAAUUUGUGCAGUUCCAGGGGAAAAGCUUGCCUUUUACUUUUUCCUUUUUGAGAGACCACUGCUUCAAAAUUGCAUAAUGCACUCAUCAAUAUGCACUAAUGGGUACUUUUGUCGUAUUACAUUGACAUCCAUGCUCGGAAUGCAGCUGGAGAGACCUGUUUUGUCUCAAAGCGAUACGACUUUCCGGGGCAGGCCUCGCUCACAGCCCGUCUGCUGUGACCAAUGUACUUUUCACACUUUUGACCCAAAACUACGCUUCAAUUACUGCUGGAUGGACAAGAUGAUGAGCAAAUCUACAUUAUAUUUUUCCUCAUUUAUAAAUCAAAUAAAAGCUCAAAUCCUGGACUUUCACCAAAUGAGUGGCGGGACAAAGGAUACACAAGAAACAAAGUUGAACAAUAGAAGAGUGGUGUAAUGAUGGCGGCUCGCUCUGUUUUUUUUUUUCUUCUUUUGAUUCUAAGUUUUUCUUCAUGUUUUUCCCUGCCAGCUAGACCGCGAAACUGGGAUGGACGACACCUUUCCCUCCCUCUUCCCUCCCUUCCUCGCUGAAGUGCGGAGUAACAGAAUAAAUGUACAGCAGAAAUCAUAGUUUACUGUAUGUUUUGUUUUCUGUGUAUAUUUUCAUUUCUCUCUCUCUCUCUCGACUUGAUAAAAGCAUGAAUGGUGCCUUCUAUUUCACCUUUUCCAGUCUUACUAAAGCGGUUUGAGGCUUUCUGCCUCCUAAUACGGAGCUGCUCAUUUUGAACUAUUGUUUUUGGGAGCAGAUCGGGAAAAAAAAAAUUGCAGUAUUCACAAGUUUUCAUUUUUUCAGGUGCAUAUUUCAUUUUUUCCAUACUGGUUUACUACCUAAGAUGAUCUGCUGUGAGUUUUGUACAUUUGUUUUGUAUCGUGUCUGUUUGUAGAGACAAUAGGUGCCUCCAGUUCUGUUGUUAAAUGGUUAAGAGGUGCAUCUGAAGAACAACCCCACCCCCUCCCCCUUGAAACUCCCCCAAACAAAAGGUACAUUAAAGAUGGUGGCAGUGAAACGCUUGCUCCUUGGUUUAACAAGUCAUAGCUCGACACAACCGCGAUUACAGUGAACUUAAGGUUUGCAGUUUGGAAAUGUCUCACAAUGUGAUCCAGAUUCUGUUGAUCCUUCCUUUCAGUCUGACCAUAGUUUUUGCGACUCAUGGUAGCACUCGGGUUAAUCCCUGGACUCAAAAGUUGUCAGACUGUUCUUUUCUCAGCAACAAUUUUGUAAUGAUCUGUGUGGGUGAGCUGGCCGUCGUUCCAGCCUACAGACUCUAGCAAAUAAUUGUGCUCACUUUUCUAGCCGUUUAUGCAUUUGUAUUUUCAUAAUGCUGAUUAUUCAUUGUGCUUAUUUUUACUCUUUUUUUCCAUUCAAAGCAAGUCUGAUCUGAAUGCUAUACUAGUCGUCUCUCUCUUGUCCUCUGGCGUAUUUGCUUUUUACCACUCGGUAGGGAGGGAAGACCUUUUGGUUUCAGCUGGAAAGGAAAACAUGAUCUAUUAUUUUUUUGUUAUCUUGCACUGAAAUGGGAAGUGAAAUCGAUGUAGCAUUUUUCUGGACAAAUAUACUAAUGAGGUCUUCCUUGUCUGGCGGUAUUGCACUAUUUACAACAUUUCUGGGACAAUCUGUAAUUUUGAACACAAGACUCCAAAUUUCUCAUCUGGCAGUGAAAAAAGAAAUUGUUAGUGCUCAUCUUGUUAUCCGCAUGAAGUAAUAUUUGCAGUUAAAACAAGAUUUGAUGUACCGACGUGGCAUAUUUUGUGUAGUUUUCCACAGUAAUGCUCGGCUACUCUCCCUUUAGUAGUUGAGAUUAAAUAUUCUCAGAUGUGAGAUUAGUUUUCAAUAGAGAGACUCUUAAUUUUGACCUAAUAUUACAGAAAAAUUGCAGCUCUUUGGUCCUUGAGUGUUUUUAACAGACGGUGUCUGCUGGGUGCCUCUACCCCGAAUGUUUAUUUGUCAGGUAAUUGCUUAACUUGAGCACUUGACUGCAAUCAUACUUUUUACAGCAAUGGUCAAUGAAGAGGGUGACGAAGAAGAGCCAUCAUGCUUUCAGACCAGUUUGUGCUUUUUACAUCAUAGUAGUGGUAAAAUGUUUAAGGAUAUAAAUUUACAGUUGGAUAGUUCUUCUUUUUCACUGAGGUUUUCAAAGACCCUUUUCCAAACUUUUAAAAAGGAUCCUUAAAAGAGAGAAAUAAAAGCUGUAAUUUAAUUUUCCUGUGGUUGAAGAUGCAGUAGAGCGGAUCCUCAUUGUGAAUCAUUCCAAUCCUUUUUGAAUGGAAAUAGAAGUACCUUCUUGGCUUUAGCAGGUGUGGUAAACAGUUGGCUGCCAUCUUAAUUUUACUGUGUUUACCCUUUACUUGUUGCUAGUUCAAAAGUGUUGCAGGUGGAGAAUCUUUUUUUUUUUCUUUUGUUCUUUUUUUUCCUUUCUAUUUUGAAUGUGUUGGACUUAACAUACAAUAAACUACUGAUAUCAGCACCACUCA